UACAACAAAAUUGCUUUUCGACCAGAACGGAACCUUUUGCUACAGUGAAACAUGGCGAUGCAGACUGGGGUUGCGGCCUCCAAAGUUCUUAUACUCGUCGGGGCAGGUUUGACUGGUUCGGUUAUUUUGAGGAGUGGGAAAUUGUCAGAUGUCAUUUCACAGCUUCAAGAAUUGAUGAAGGGUGUGAAUGAAGCUGAGAUCUCACCUGGGAAGUAUGAUACUGCACUUCUUGCAGCUCAGAUACGACAAUUGGCGCAAGAGAUCAGGGAGUUAACAACAUCUAGACCUAUAACCAUUUACAAUGGAAAUUCUACCUCCAGUGGGAGUUAUGCUUCUUACUUAAUGCCAGCCGCAGCACUUGGAGCAAUGGGAUAUUGUUACAUGUGGUGGAAGGGCUGGUCCUUUUCUGAUGUUAUGUUUGUGACAAAGCAUAAUAUGGCAAAUGCUGUUGCAACUGUGUCAAAACAGCUGGAGCAUGUAUCUGAAGCAGUUACUUCAACAAAGAGGCAUUUAACAAAGAGGCUGGAAAAUUUGGACUGGAAGCUGGAUGAACAGAAGGAAACAUCUAAGCUUAUUGCAAACGAUGUAAAUGAGGUGAAGUCCAAUCUUAAUCAAAUUGGUUUUGAUAUUGAAUCAAUUCAUCAGAUGGUGUCUGGUUUGGAAGGAAAACUUGAAGUUCUUGAAAGCAAACAGGACAUGACUAUUUCAGGUCUGUCGUAUUUGUGCCAUGUAGCUGGAGACAUUAAGGAUGGAGUAAAUCCAAAACUUAUUCAGGAUAUUGGUGCUAAGCUAAUAGAACAUUCAACUGCUACAUUUGAGGAUAACUCAACGAAGGGGCUUCAGUUCAUUGCUGAAACCAAUGAGUCAAGUGCAACCGAGAAAUUGAUUAUUAGCACCAAGAAAAGUGAUGGUGACGAUUAUCCUGUCAAAAGUGUUUCAACUAUGAAAACAAGAAUUCACAGGUCUUAUCCAGUUGGUAUAUCGUUGACCCGAAAUGCCCUGGGUUCGGAAUUGUAAGAUUGUUGCGAUGCACAUAUUUGUUGCUAGGCAUACAAGAAUGUAUUUUUCUGGCUGGCUUUGAUUUGGGUCAUCACCUCUCCAGAACAGUAUGUUGUGUAGCUUAGUAUCCUGGCAAUUCUUUUGAAGGAAAAUGUAAUUCUUCAUGAACCAUUCGUUGUUUGUAUCAAUACCGAUUCGAUCCGAGCUCUUGACAUUAAUAAUACACUUCUUCGAACUAAUGUGUUUUCUUUCUUUUUGGUAAAAAGGUAU